AUAAAUUUACUGUUCUUUUUGGUAUAUUCUGUAAACAACUAACAUUUGAAAUAGAAAAUAAUAGAAAUUAUCAAUACUAUUAAUUUUUAUCCCUUUAAAGUUUCCUUCUGAAGGUAUAUUUAAGAAGGUUUUGAAAAGUUAUUAUUUGGAGAGUAAAGGCGCGCCAAAAUUUAACUAAAUAUUCGGCAAGUAUUGAAUUUCUAGAAUAAAUGGAUUCUUGAGGAAAAAUGGAUCCUGAAAAGAAAUUGGAGGAAGAUGUUGUAGAACAGCCAAGCACCUGCUCAGAGUCGUCUCUGUCAACAGUAGCUGCUGAUACUGAGAAUGACAUUGUACAGGGGGAGUUGUCUGAAUAUGAAUGCCAAUAUCUUGGCUUCACACCAAAAUCACUUAUCAAUGGAGUAUAUAAUGCUGUCAUCACAAAUCUUAGAGAGGGCCUUACGCACAUGGAAGCAUAUAUAAAUGAAGGGUAUGGCACUACCAUAACCCCUGAGAAAACUAAACAAGCUAUGGAAACGAUACAGUCUGUCCUUGUAGAAAAAUUGGACAAAAAAUUUGAUCACGUAGAAUCAUACCUUUUGAAGAAUGUAUUCACCAUUCCUGAGGAUGUUAUCCUCCCUGAGGACAGGGUACAGAUGACACACCCCCUCAGUCCGGAGGAGGACCGCCAGCUGGACACAGAAAUGGAACAGCUCCGUAAACACAUCAUAGCAGUUCGGUAUGGAAAUGAAUGUGUGAGGCAGCAGAUCAGCGAUAUCGAGAAUCUACAGAAACAUGCAGAUAACACUUUACUGUAUCUUCAGCAGCUGGAUAGUACUGCCACAGACGCUGGAGUUUUAGGUAUUAAAGAUUCUCUCAGUUUUGUUCUGGACAAGACAAAAGAUUUGAUGAGUGCAGUAAAUGGACUAGAAAAUGAACCAAAAGGAAGCACUAACUCUACAACAGGAUGAGACAAUUAAAAAACAUUGUGUUGUGGACUGAUAUUUCUUGUAAUUGACUAAAAUUACUUGCUUGUUGUGACAAAUAUUACUGCAUUUGUUACUUUAUGAUUUUUAAUUAUUUAAACUUUAUGCACUACUUUAAUAUGCAGUCUUCUUUUCUUGAUAUCUAUCCAAAAAGUUAUGCCCAUAGAAAUCAAAUUUCAAAGUAAUUUUAUAGUUAAAAUAAAAGUUAUUAUUUUCAAA